GCCAGGUCCGCGAGCAGGAUCGAGCCCUCCCUCCAUCCCCCCUGACCUACGAAGGGGUUUUUCAGCUGCGCGGUUCCGCUGCAGGUGCCCACCCGGCUCAUUCGGGAGUCGGGUUCUCACACCUGCCGGCCCCGAGCAAACAAUUACGUCGGAUAUUAAGGAGCAGGCCCCGAGUUGGGUGCUUUUUUGGGUACCGGGGCGAAUCUGACACUCACGACCCCUUUCUCUCUUCUACCCGCCCGCCGCCUCUGCCGCCGACCUGACCAGAGCUAAUUUCUUGCCACUGCCGGCUCUGGGGAAGCAAGUAUUUCUCACGGGACUUUGGGAGGAGGUUACAGAAAGCGUGCACCCGGCCAGCCUCCGCGCCGCUGAGUCCACGCUCACUGGCAGCUGCGGCUUCUGUGGAGAGCUAAGGUCGUAAUGUGCACAGGACACCACAGGGUGGCGCCAGCGGCCUUCCGUGGGAUACGCACAACGCUGCCGCCUCGUCGGAUCCGAGAGCUACCGCCAUGGUCUGUCCAUCCGGGAGCCCGGUUAUAGCCAGUAAGUGUGGAGCUAAAAAAGUGUAUUAAUGAUCGUUGGAGGCAGUAAGAGGGUUCUUUGUGAGAAAAUGCUCCAACUGAAGACUGUGAUGCAUCAGCCCUUAGAGAAGAAGGGACCUGCUGAGAGGGGAGUGAAUGAGCGGAAGACUCAGCCUGAGAAAGCAGGAUUCUCCUCUGUGUCCCACAGUGGGAAAUAUUCCUUGAUCCAGGAUCAGGCUCGAGAGUUGACCCACCUGCGGGAAAAGAUGAGGAUUGGGAGGGCUGUCUCUUCCCUUCUCCUCCAACAUGUCAAGAACACAGUGAAGACCUUUGAAGAGCUCCUCAGUAGUAAUAAGAUCGACUACUACAUGGAGCAGCGUUUCCGUGAGCAGCUGGCCAAGGGCAGCCAGCUGGCGGAGAGCCUGGCCAGCAAAUUCAACACAGAUGACUGUAUAAGUAAGAAGAAUCAAAGACAACAGGUGCUGCGGAACCUCAGUAUCUUAAGGGAGUUGCAGAAGAAGGGUAAAAUGACGGAAGUCCUAGAGACCAAGCAGGAUGCCCGGCCCCAGACUAGGCCCCAGACCCGCUCCAGCAGCCAUGCCCAGUCCGCUGCCCAUCGCUCCUCUAGCAGCACGUCCCCACUGUCUGAUGAGCAGGAAGUGCGCCCUGCAGUGGAUGUGGCCAAUGUCAGCCCAGCCACUCCUGCUGAUUCAGGUUCAUUGCCCAGCAACCAUUCAGAAGCCAUGUCUGCUCAGCCCUUCUAUCCUUUGAGUGGCACCACACAGCUGAGUGGGACACCAGACCCUGGGCUUCAUGGCAGCAGUGGCCCAUGGGACGAGAUGAGGCCUCAGAAGAUGAAUGCAUCUGGGAACCUAUCCUCCUUCUCCUCUUUAUACCAGCCCAACUCCAAGCCCUCUGGGGCCGACCUGCUGGAAAAGAAUCUUGUUGAGAUCCGGAACCUGCGCCAGCGCCUGGAGGAAUCCAUAUUCAUCAAUGACCGCCUGCAGGAGAGGCUGGAAUAUGUGCUCAGCAAUGCUCACCAAGGAAAAAGCACUGCACAGCCAGCUCCAGAUGUCUCCCUCGCAACCCCUCAUUCAUACACUGAGAGUCACUAUUCUGGCUCUGGUAAGGACAUCUUGUGACAUGACAACAGGAGGGUCUAGAGAUAUGUUCUCCAGAUUUUCCAGCCCUAUCCAACAGCAUUCGUGGGUGUAAACUUGGAGGCAUCAGACAUUACCUUUAAAUGAAUGGAUCA